GCCAUUUAUAAUCUGGAUUUAGCACAAGAUUUGUUUUAUGGGGGUAAAAACCAAAUUUGUCUUAUAUUUCGUGCUUCUAGGAUCUCAUAGUAAUUAUAUAGAGACGCUUUUAGUUUCUUCGUUAUUGAUGUGUAUAUGCUUAUAUUUUCUUGCAUAAUAUUAACCUUGCUGUAGUGUAACUUCAUGAACUUUUCAUACCACCCAGAAGUCUUGAUCUGAUAGCAUUUAUAUGUCUUUGAUAAAUACUUGAACAUGAUAAAAAUUUUCUUUUUUCUUUUUGUAACAUUGAUGAGGUAUAAAACAUCUUAAUGGAAAUCUAACAACAAAUAAGAAAACAGUUUUCAAAAAGAAUGGAGUGGUGACUCUUAGUCACCAUAACACAAAGAUGAAUAGCUCAUUUGAUGAUGCGUGUAGGUUUUAACUUGUUACCGAUGGUUCCACUACAACAAAAUUGUUGUGCCAGAGUUGCAUCUCAUGCUUUGCAAGGUAGGCAAAGACAAAUUGGUUGAUAGUCGAGGUAUUUGAUCAAAUACAAUUCCACUAGCUUUCCUUGGACACUCCCGGAACUUCCUUCACGAGGGCCAUUGGUGGUCUGCUCUGCUGCUAGUUCAACUUAUACCAUCCGUUCCUCAGCACUCAACAAUCAUAACACCUAAUCUUGGCAGAGUCUCAAGGUUUUCAGCUUCCUCAAGUUUUCUAGUCAGUUUCAGGAUCUAGCGGUUCUCAACUUCUUCAAGUUUUCAAGAAAACUUGUCUUGAUUUCAAGAUGCAGAAACAUCACGUACUAAGAAAAGGAAAAGGGAGGUUGGGAACUGGUUUGAGGAGGUAGCAAAAAUAGAGAAUGAAUUCGUUGCAUUGAAAACGAGUAUAGAACAGGGUUGUUGUCUUCUGAAAAAUGCAUUUAGCGCCGGGGAUAGAGUGGAGAACAUGGACGAGGAUGUAGAGCAACUGAUGGGGCAAAGUGAGAAUUUUGGCGAGCUUUGCGUUGAGGUUUUUGAGAGCAGAGGUAAGCCACGAGAGACAACAGAAUUAUUUGGAGAAAAGUUUGACAGAGAUUUGAAAGAUAUCUUAAGCAUCUUAAGGAUUGGAGAAAAGUUGGACACCAAUGAGAUCUUAAGGAUUGGGAUAUGGGGGAUGGGUGGCGUGGGUAAGACUACAUUGGCGGAACACAUCCAUAAUCACCUCCUUAAGAAUCCUCAAUCCUUAAGGGUUUAUUGGGUUUCUGUCUCCCAAGAUUUUACCAUCAAAAGGCUGCAAGGUAACGUUGCUAAACGCUUAGGGCUUGAUCUGUCACAUGAGGAUGAUGAAAAAGUGAGGGCACGUAAGUUGCGUGACGCAUUCGAGAAAAUGAAGGAAAUGGUAGUGCUCAUGUUGGAUGAUGUUUGGGAAGAAUUUCGUUUAAACAGCUUAGGGAUUGAUGCAAGAAAUUGCAGACUGAUUUUGACUACACGCUCAUUACAAGUGUGCAACCAGAUGCGAUGCCAUCCUUUUGAGUUGAAAACUUUGGACACAGAGGAAGCUUGGGGUUUGUUCGAGCGUACACUUGGCAGCGAGACCGUGCUUGAUGGAGAUUUGGAAGGUAUUGCCAAGUCCAUCACGGAAAGGUGUGGUGGUUUGCCUCUUGGUAUUGUCGUAAUGGCUGGGAGCAUGAUAGGUGUGACGGACAUCCAUGAGUGGAGAAAUGCAUUGGUAGACUUGAAUAGAGUAGAGCACGGUAAGAUGGAAGAAAAGGUGUUUCGCAUCCUGGAACGGAGUUUCAAUCGCCUGGAUAAAUAUGAAAGGAAUUGCUUCUUGUAUUGCUGUCUUUAUCCGGAAGAUCGGAAAAUGAAAAGAGAGGAACUAAUAGACCUGUUUAUUUGGGCAGAGCUGAUGUCAAAACGGGAAUCAUGGUCAGAAGAAUUUGAUGAAGGUCACACAAUAUUAAACAAACUGAUUAGAGUUUGCUUGCUGGAAAAAACUAAAGACUGUGUGAAGAUGCAUGAUUUGGUCAGAGAUAUGGCAUUAAGGAUCACAACGCAUGGAAACUCCAAACUAGAGAGCAGCAGAGAUGAUGUACCGCGAUUCUUGGUGAAAAGCAUGGGAAAGGGAAAUUCUAAAGUAACAACACUGGAACAAGAAAAGUGGACACAAGAUCUCCAUGCAGUCUCCUUCGAUUCAGAUAGAUUUCAAAAUAUAAAAAUAGAAGUUCCACCAGCCUGGUCACCUAAUUGUCCUAAGCUCUCAACCUUGCUUCUCUCUAAUGUUUACAUAAAAGAAAUCCCAGAUUCAUUCUUUCAGCACAUGUGUGGACUUAAAGUUUUGAAUCUAUCUCGGUGCAGGGGUAUAACAGAGUUGCCAAAUUUUGUUUCAGACUUGGUGAAUCUCACUGCUUUGAUUUUGGGGGGUUGUGAGGACCUCCGAUCCGUGCCACCACUGGGAAAUCUCAAGCAAUUGAGGGAUUUGGACCUAUCCAGAACUAUGAUUGAGGAUUUACCUGAAGGCUGGGAGUCGCUGGUCAACCUCGAAAGGUUUAACUUGGAUAAGUGUCUACCUGUAAGUCCAAAGAUAAUACCAAAAGGGACAUUUUCCCAAUUUCACCGUCUUCAACGGCUAUUAUUGCCAUCCUAUGGUAGGGUACAAGUUAAUGAUCCAGAAGUGUUGAACCAGUUAGAAAGUUUUAAAGGAUGUUUGUCUUUUACGGAGUUCUAUAAAAUUAUUCGGUGGCCAAAAUACUAUAAUAAUGUUUAUAUCAAUGACAUCUUAACUGAGGGUCCGAGUUUUCUUAAUGAAGUGAGGUGGUUCGGGGGGAAACAACUGCAUUUCCAUCAGUGUAAGUUUGCAUUUCCAUCGAACAAUCUGCCAGAUGAUAUGAAACGUCUGAUAAUCGAGGAUUGUAAGGGCAUGGGCAUUAGGUGCUUGUCAGAUGUUUUCAAGAAUUUUAUAAAUUUAAACCACUUAUCUGAAUUGUAUAUUAAGGAUUUGGUUGGAAUAGAGUUCCUCUGGCAAUUGUCCUCUGCUUCUCCACGUGAUCAGUUGGAAGUCUCAUCUGUUAGUCCGCUCCGUGAUCUCAAAGUGAGACUCGUCGACUUGCCAAAUCUGGUUGGUCUUUUUUACGGAGAAUCAGAACCAUAUUUGCUUCCAGCUGGCACCUUUUCUUCCCUCAAAGAAUUGAGCAUUUCUAAAUGUCACAACAUGAAGCAGCUAUUCACGGUGCAGUUGCUUCAGAACCUUCAAAAUCUUGAAGAAUUAUACGUUGAAGAUUGUGAAGGACUGGAGGAGAUAGCAGCAGAUGGCAAUGGAGUAGGACAAGGAGGAGGAGAAGGCACCCAAUUGACUUCAAGUGAAGGAGCCACCGCCACUGUCAUCCUUCCAAAAUUAAGGCAGUUGCGUCUGGAUAACCUGCCACAACUGAAGAACAUUUGCAAGGCAGCCAUGAUCUGCGAUUCAAUCAAGAAGAUUAUAAUAGAUGAUUGUCCAAAUUUAAAGAGGCUGCCUUUGUUUCUUCCUACCAUCGACGGGCCACCAUAUUUGCUUCCAGCUGGCACCUUUUCUUCCCUCAAAGAAUUGUUGAUUUCUGAAUGUCACAACAUGAAGCAGCUAUUCACAGUGCAGUUGCUGCAGAGCCUUCAAAAUCUUGAAGAAUUAUACGUUAAAGAUUGUGAAGGACUGGAGGAGAUAGUAGCAGAUGGCAAUGGAGUAGGACAAGGAGGAGGAGAAGGCACCCAAUUGACUUCAAGUGAAGAAGCCACCGCCACUGUCAUCCUUCCAAAAUUAAGGCAGUUGCGUCUGGAUAACCUGCCACAACUGAAGAACAUUUGCAAGGCAGCCAUGAUCUGCGAUUCAAUCAAGAAGAUUAUAAUAGAUGAUUGUCCAAAUUUAAAGAGGCUGCCUUUGUUUCUUCCUACCAUCGACGGGCCACCAUAUUUGCUUCCAGCUGGCACCUUUUCUUCCCUCAAAGAAUUGUUGAUUUCUGAAUGUCACAACAUGAAGCAGCUAUUCACAGUGCAGUUGCUGCAGAGCCUUCAAAAUCUCGAAAAAUUAAAAGUUGAAGAUUGUGAAGGACUGGAGGAGAUAGCAGCAGAUGGCAAUGGAAUAGGACAAGGAGGAGGAGAAGGCAUCCAAUUCACUUCAAGUGAAGGAGCCACCGCCAUUGUCAUCCUUCCAAAAUUAAAGUCAUUGAGUUUGGCUAACCUGCCACAAUUGAAGAACAUUUGCAAGGCAACCAUGAUCUGCGAAUCAAUUGAGGAGAUUAAAAUAUUUAAUUGUCCAAAGGUAAAGAGGCUGCCUUUGUCUCUUCGUACCAUCAACGGACCACCAUAUUUGCUUCCAGCCUGCACCUUUUCUUCCCUCAAAGAAUUGUUGAUUUCUAAAUGUCACAACAUGAAGCAGCUAUUCACAGUGCAGUUGCUGCAGAGCCUUCAAAAUCUUGAAGUAUUAUACGUUAAAGAUUGUGAAGGAUUGGAGGAGAUAGCAGCAGAUGGCAAUGGAGUAGGACAAGGAGGAGGAGAAGGCAUCCAAUUGACUUCAAGUGAAGGAGCCACAGCCAAUGUCAUCCUUCCGAAAUUGAGGUGGUUGCAUCUGGAAAACCUGUCACAACUGAAUAACAUUUGCAAGGCAGCCAUGAUCUGCGAUUCAAUUGAGGAGAUUGAAAUAUUUAAUUGUCCAAAGGUAAAGAGGCUGCCUUUGUUUCUUUCCACCAUCUCUUCCCAGCACUCUUCAUGAUAUCAUGGGAGAUGAAGAAUGGUGGGAAUCAUUAGAGUGGGACAAUCCUAGUGCCAAAAAUGACCUUGACCCAUUGUUUUCCACGCUGCGGUGGGAUUAUUGAAGGCCACUUGUUUGAUCAAAAUCCUGACUGGUUCUCAUCCACAAAACUGCUGCUGCAAGAGAGGUGAUGUCGCAAAAACAAGUGUUAAUUGAAGCCUUGUCCACCAGCGCCAAAUUUCAUUUCAGUACAUACUUCUUCCUUGGCUGUAUUACAGUUGCUGUUUUUCAUCAUGUGUAGCUUUCUAUUCCUACGUAGAUGAUGUUUUUUCUAUACUUGAUUGUAACUGGAGCAGUGAUACAGUUUUCUGUGACUAUUCCACUGAUAAUUCUUUAGCUAAACCCUUUUUAUUGGGGUUAGGUUUGUACGUGCAUGUUAAAGAAGGAUCAGAAUAAUAUUUGAAUCC